CGCGGAUCAGUCGUUAUUCGAACGAUGGCGAGACAAAUUCACGGCAAUGACUGUGGGUACGCCGGAGGAGAGAGUGGCAGCCAUGCAUGAACAUCAUCACAAGAAAUGCGAAAAGUGGAAGGGCGAGCUCAUGACAUACAGCCCCGCGGUGGUGUUUAUGUUGAAGCACUUGAAGCAGACCGGCGCGGACGUGACCUCGGAUGACAUUGUCUGUGCACCAUGCGACUUUGCUAGGGCGGGAGGGUUCAACCCAGCAGGAGUAAUUGUGCUGUGUCAAGACAAGCUCAUGAGCAAGAGUCAUAUGGAGGACACCAUGGUGCAUGAGCUGGUACACAUGUACGACCAUGUAAAGUUCAAGGUCGACUGGGACAACCUCCGUCACCAUGCAUGCAGCGAGAUUCGAGCAAACAGUCUGAGCGGCGACUGCAGGUGGAGUCGGGAAUUCCGGCGAGGGUUCCUGUCGUUCUCGAAGCAGCACCAGGAGUGUGUACGGCGCCGCGCCGUGCUGUCCGUUCGUGCCAACCCGGCAUGUCCCGACCAAGCAACGGCGGAACGAGCUGUCAAUGAAGUAUGGGAUAGCUGUUUCAACGACACUCGGCCGUUUGACGAGAUCUACUGAGGCUCCCUGCACACAUGAGCUCACUUCUGGCAGCUCGCUCGGUUUGCAUGAUAUGACUGGCGAAUUCGGAGCAUAGCCUGUGAUGCUAUUAGUAGCCGGGAUCCCAUGAGGCGUGCUUCGCCGAUGGCGCGCAGUUGUCCCCCGCGGGCAAUUGGUGUAGGCCUGGCUUCGUGUGGGAGGAUGCCAUGCAGUCGGGCACGCUGAGCUCGCUCGCGUGCGAUCGUUGGGUCGCAAGAUGGGCCGAGUGGACGAGUAAUGUAGAGAUAGACAGCAUGUUCAUAAUAUGGACCCUCACUCAAACGUGGCGUGUCAUGGUGGGCU